CACAGGGCUCUGACAGCAGGCUUCGCUUCCUGCUUUCUGUAAACUCUUGAAGACGGAGCUGUUUAAAUAUCAGGGAACACGGGAGUAUCCUGGAGCUGCAGAGUCCAGAGGGAGUCUCGUAUUGAUGUCAAAUCCGGGUUUAAAGGACCGACACAGAUCCAUUAAAUGGAGGUCUUGACCCACCCGGUUCCCCUUGAGUCCUCAACCUCUGCAUCCUACCCAUAGAUCGUACCAUGGGCGGCAGGUCGGGUUGGAGAUAAACACACACUGACUCAGACUGGUACCAGUUAUGGGCCGCAGAUGGACCUGGCUUCCUCUGGCGCGGUGCCAGGACGGGGAACCCUCGGGUCCUGACCAGGAGAGGCAGAAGCGCUGGGCUGAGCUUUUUGAUGAACUGGACCUCAACAAAGAUGGACACGUCGACAUCGGUGAACUGCGGACAGGGCUGGCAGGCCGAGGGCUUUCCAGAGGCUCCCUGGAGAGGAUGGUGAAGGCGGGGGACACUAACCAGGAUGGAGUACUUGACUUUGAAGAGUUCACGCAGUAUCUACGCAUGCAUGAAAAACAGCUCAAACUCAUGUUUCGGAGCUUGGACAGGAACAAUGACGGUCGUAUUGAUGCAGCAGAGAUCCAGCACUCGCUGCGGGCCAUCGGUGUGAACAUCAGUCUCAAGGACGCCACCAGGAUCUUACAAAGUAUGGACAAAGACGGCACCAUGACCAUCGACUGGAAUGAGUGGCGCGACUACUUCCUGUUUAACCAUCUCACUAACAUCGAGGACGUGGCACGCUACUGGAAACGGUCAAUGAUGUUGGACAUUGGCGAGCAGCUGACAGUCCCGGAUGAAUUUACCGAAGAGGAGAAGAAGUCGGGCUAUGUGUGGCGGCAGCUGAUGGCUGGUGCCAUGGCUGGAUCUGUGUCUCGGACUGGGACUGCCCCAUUAGACCGUCUCAAAGUCUUCCGACAGGUUCACGGCUCCAUUGAUCUUAAAGGUAAUGUGCUGAGCGGGUUUCAGUCCAUGGUUAAAGAGGGAGGACUGCGCUCCUUGUGGAGAGGCAACGGAAUGAACGUUCUUAAAAUAGCCCCAGAGACCGCUAUCAAGUUCUCGGCCUACGAGCAGAUCAAGGAUGUGAUACGUGGCAGGAAUGAAAGCAGAACUCUGAGAGUUCACGAGAGAUUUUUCGCUGGCUCUUUGGCUGGAGCGACAGCUCAGACGGCGAUUUACCCGAUGGAGGUGCUAAAGACCCGUCUCACACUCAGAAAAAGUGGACAGUAUUCAGGAAUAGCAGACUGUGCCAAACAGAUCCUCCUGAAAGAAGGUGUCACGGCCUUCUACAAAGGCUACUUACCCAACAUGCUGAGUAUUGUCCCUUACGCCGGCAUCGACCUGGCUGUCUAUGAGACUCUGAAGUUCUCCUGGCUGAACAGGAACAGAGGUGUAGUGGACCCAGGGGUCAUGGUGCUGGUCGGCUGUGGUGCCGUUUCCAGCACCUGUGGUCAGCUCGCAAGUUACCCGCUUGCAUUGAUCCGCACCCGAAUGCAGGCUCAAGCUUCAGUGAAAGGAGCCCCUAAACCCUCCAUGUUGGCCUUGAUUCAGAACAUCGUGACCAAGGAGGGCGUGGCUGGGCUUUAUCGAGGAAUUUCCCCCAACCUGCUAAAAGUCAUCCCAGCCGUCAGCGUGUCCUACGUCGUCUAUGAAUACACGAGGAUAAUCCUGGGAGUGGACAUUGAGGGUAGGCGGGGAGGGAAAGGGAAGAGCUAGAAAAGGGUUUGUUGAUGUGGCGCUUUCAACUUAAGAAUGAAUGCACGGCAUGAGAAGGUGGCCCCUGACUGCAGAUGACUACAUGAAUUCCAAUAAGGUUUUCAGCAUGCCGAUUAUGAGAUGGAAAUGCACCCUGAAAGAAGAAGAGGAAACUACAGGUCAAUAAUAACUGAUAUAUUCUGCUUCAUAUAUUUGGAGGUCCUAACCUGAACUGGCAGCUGCUGUGAUGAGUUUCAUGUGGGAUAUGUUGUGUUGACAUGCAUGUCAGCAGACGUGUGAAAGUUAACCGACUAGCCUCCUGCUGCUGCACUGACUUGGACAGAUGAGGACUUGCAUGGACUUGCCUGAGAACCAACAGGAAAGAGGUGUAACUAAACUUUGGAAACUCUGUCACAUUCCUACAGCAUCAUUAUUUUUCUUCCAGGUGGUAUAUAAAGAAGUUAAAGGAUUGAUAGGAGGACUGAUCAGAUUUCCUGCUCUGUGAGUGAAGGGAACCAGAGACGUUUCUGCAAACUGGUGGAACUACAGAAUCAAGACUUUAUCAUGUCUUAAGGAUAUGUUACAUGUACAAAAGUAAAGAAAAUAGUGACUGUAACUGUUGAUGGUGUUAAGGGGAAGACACACUGUCAGUCUACCCUUUCUUAGAUUACUUCUGAACACUAAAGGACUUCAUAUUUAAAGGGGGGGAACUGCCAAAACGACACAUUGAAGAAGUGGAUUCAUGACAACCGGACCUCAUGUUCAUGUUUUAUCAAUUUUAAUAUGCAGAGAAGUGUGUGACUGUCACAUGUUUUUAACACACUACAGGGUCCAGUGCCAAAAAGUAUUUCAUGAACUGUAUUUGCACAGUGUGCAGUUUAACACAAAGGUAAAGCUUUAACUUCUUCAUAAAAAAAUAUAAAUUAGUUUUUAAGGUCAAUGAACAUAUCUGAAGUGUCAGUAUUUAUUUCAAACAUGUCAAUAAAUGCAUGCAUGGUGAUAUUA